UGGGGGGUAAGAUAGUUUAGAGCGUUUAGAGAGUUACAGAGCGUCGUUGGUUGUGAAACACGGUGAACGUGUCGAAAGUAGUGCAUAUCAAGGAUCAGAAACAUGAGAAAUAUCUGUUGCAUACGCAAUAAAACUUCAUAAUAUUUCACGGUUAGACGUAAAUAGUGAAUUAGUCUCACACCAGUUUAUGUUGCGGGAAGGUGUGGAGCCUGAAUUUGACUUUACUUCACCCCCUGGUGUGAUGGACACAUCAUCACUAUUUCUAUUUGAUGGAGAAGGAUGGGAAAUUUCAGCACCAUUAAACCUUCUGCAGAUGUCCUCAGUUGAAGGGGAUAAAUCAGUUAAAACUCUAAAGAAGUCAGACAGUGACAAUACACAGUGUAAACCAGCAAAUGAAUUUUUUGUUGAUGAAACUUUGAGGCUAUCUGUAAGUCACGAAGAAGAGAGAGUGAGUGCUCAUAAUCAGGAGGGAUUGAAUCAUGAGGGUUUUGUGGCAGAAGAAGAAUCACUUAAUACGAAAACAUCAGUAAAUUCAUAUGAACUGGAACACGGAGUAAAGGUUAUGGACUUCGGCAGUUGUGAGUCAGCGUUAAAAGCCAGGCUUAUAGCAUUUAAUGAAACGGACUGGUGAAAAUACUAAUAUCCGAAUUAAGAGUCUUGGGUCUCUGUUGGGGCCCAAUUUCAAUGUCAUGCCAGUGGAUAAUGGAAUCUUUUCAGUACAUAUAAACCAACAGCAAGCUGAGACAAACUUAAGCUUGAAAAAUCUCCUGUCUGGUAGCAUUUACCAUAGUGAUACGAACGUUGGUGAUCAGAUUAGAACUGCAAAUGAAACUCGAAGACUUGACAGAAUUACGAAUGAUGUAAUGAAUACGGCAAAUCUUGCAAAGUCUCACGUAGCCAGUCCUAUGAAGGUUCAUACGCAUUUGAUGUCACAAAUUGUGGAGUCUGACAAGACUUUCAGGGAAAGUGGAGAGACUGGAACAGCUGCCAGCAUGUUGAGAACAGACGUAUGUUUAAAAAUGGGAGAACAACCAAAACCAGUGAACUACAAGGAAAGAGAAACUGCUAUGCUUACAGAGAUUUUGGUGAACAGCUUGCCAACCAUGAA